AUGGGAAGACUUCGGACGGCCACAGCUACUACCAGGGGGCGGCUGCGGUGGGAUUCGCCCCGUAUGUCUUCAACGCAGCGGUUCACUACGGCGAGAACAUGCGCACAAAGAUCACCCAGCGGACUCAUCAUGCUUGAGGCGGAUGUGGAUUUUCUACUGCUAGACCCGGCGCAUGAAGAGGAGACAUACACGGCCUCCCUAGCGUACUGCUUGCUCGACGGGCCGCUCUUCACCAUCAGAUACACUGAAAUCCGCGAGCUCAUCGGCGGCUUUAGCUACAACACAGCCAUCAUGAUGCCCGCCAUUGCACAGGUGGUCUCGUUCCCAUUCCUGCGGGUGCCGCCCAGCGAUGGCACCAAGGGCGCUCAGGCGGCCCCUCAUGGGCAGUGGCUGUGGAAUCCCGCCGUCACGCUGGGCAUCUUUGGUGUCGCCGCGGCCGAGAUGCCCAUGGGGUCGGCGGUGAAGACCCGAUUUGCGCGGUUGCAGCUGGCCCUGGCCGCCACCGUCGACGUCAACGCCGGCAUCCUGUCGAUCGACGGCCAGCUCACCCCGGCCUCCUUCGUCCUAGACCCCCACUGCCACCUCACUGGCGUAGGCGGCUACCAUCUGCGCUUCAAGGCACCGACGCAGUGUCCAUCGCCGCCGCGCCUGGGCAUCAGUUGGAGCUUUAGCGAUGCCAUCAACAUCACUGGCGAGGCCUACUUUGCUAUAACGCCCAAGGUCUGCAUGGGAGGUGGCCGACUGCACGUCACGCUGUCUGUGGGGCCCCUGAGCGCAUACUUUGAUGCCUACAUUGACUUUCUAAUACAGUACCGGCCCUUCAACUUCGAGACACAGGGCGGCCUCGCUGUCGGCGUACGCUAUACCCUUGAUCUGUGGCUCGUGUCCAUCCCCAUUGCAGUCGACAUUGGCGCCACACUCUUCCUUGAGGGUCCCCCCGUCGCAGGCCGGGUGCACGUUGACUUCUGGGUCUUCGGGUUCGAUAUCAAGUUUGGUGCGCUGGCCAUCCGCCCAGCCAGUUUCAUCGAUCUGACCGAGUUCUACAACCUGGUGCUACAGGCGGACACCACACCCCCGGCACUGCUGCCUGGUAUUACCGUUGACGCCCCGCCGGUUCCCUGGCUCUUAUCAUGCACCAGCGGGCUCAUCCCGACCCCCAGCGCCGGUCCCACGGGGAUCACGCCCCGGCCAAGAACCGUCCCUGGACCGUAUGUGGCGCCAUCUUUGCCUUUACGGUCUCAUGCAACGCGCUCCCUGUCGCAACUCUGGGGCAAGUACCAGGCUAGCGAAGACCUCCUCGACGGUAGAUCCAGCCCCACCGUCACCCUCAACACCCACGUCCACCUCCAGGCACCGGUGGAGCAGCUCUCGAUCGACCAGAUCGCCGACUUUUCGGCCGAGAAGACCAUGGGCCAGGUUGCUGCCCAAACGCCGUUUCCUGCCCGGACGACGGCAAAUGGACGGUGGUACGCGGCGGAUCCAGCCCCUUCGGCGGCGGAGCAGUUUUGCAACGUUGUCGGCGCAUGGGAGCUUCUGGAGCUGGGGGCGUCUGCGGCGCAGCAGGCUGUGUGGCAAUGGGCGGCGCUGUUGGGUCGGGGAGCAAUCCAGCUCAAGGCAGACCCACCGCAGCAGCUGAUGGGUCGUUGGUUGAGUGAGGCUUAUACCGAAGCACCACGGCUGACGGCUGUUUGUUGA